AUGGGAAGCAUAGUUCUUCUCUACGUGGCUCAGUUGGUUCUUAGCCGUUCUGCACGCCUCUCAAACACCAAACGACCAGAUGCUAUGUUUCCCUUUUCACUCGAGGGUAGACAUGUUCUAGUAACAGGGGGCUCAAAGGGUAUUGGAUACGCCAUAGCUACUCAGGCAGUAAAGAAAAGGGCAAAGCUGAUUACACUGGUUGCCCGUGAUGCUGAUGCCCUUCAAGAAGCACAAAACAACUGCAUACAACUCGCGAACAAACUCGGAGUUUCCGUCACCGUGCAGACCGUAUCAGCAGAUUUGGCGGACCCAACAGCCGCCAUUGAAUGCCUUGAUCGCGCUGUUGCCUUAAAGGGCUUGACGAAGGACUCAGCGGCCUGCAGCCGCUCUGAAGAAAAAGAGAAAGAAGAGGGGGCGCCUAUAGAAGUAUUUUUCUGCAACGCAGCGGACGUAGACCCUCGUCCUUUCUGUGCUAUGGCGAACAGCAAUAUACAAAAAACAAUAGCAAUGAACAUCAGCACGCCCUUCCUGCAAGUCAAACACAUCCUCCCCAGCAUGAUGAAGCGACAGUUUGGCGCUAUUUGCUUCACUAACAGCCUCGCUUCAUUCGUUCCAAUAUAUGGAUUUUCUACAUACAGCGCCACCAAGUCCGCACUCAUAGCAUUUGCAGAAGUAAUCAAUCAAGAAGUGGCAGGCAUGGAUAUUCUCGUUGCUAAUGCCUUCCUGCCCAGUGUCAAUACACCCGGAUACCAAAGGGAAAAACAAGUUCGCCACAGAGUAUGCGCUAAGAACACCAAACACAACCAGCACUCCUAA